AUGGGAGGAGCAGUGGUUAUGGGAAGCUGGAGCAAAGGUGUUGCACUUAGGGAAAAAUUGGAGCUAUCAGCAAGACUUGUGCCACAAGGGUCGGUAGCAAAAUUAGGUUCAAAGGGGAGCACUUUGAGUGUCAACAAGAUAUUGCAAGAUGAGGUUGAGGCAACAAUUCACAUGGACAAAGCUCUAGGCAUCUGUUUCGAAGGUAAUUCACUUGGUGCAAUGCUAAUGAAUGGGAAUGAUGGAGCAGGAUUGAUAGAAUCUAAAGAAAUGGAACGGAGAGGUUUUUGGAAUGUUACUUCUGUAUUGAAGUUAGCAGAUAAGGAGCUUUAUGCCAUUGAUUUAGUGGCUAAAUCGAGAAGUCUUAAGGAGAAUGAGAUUCGAAGAAGAAGCGAAGUGAGAAAAGAAGUGUGGACCCUAUCUCGACAGAACAAUAAUUUGCUGAACUUAAUUGAAGUAGAUGGGGUGAUGCAUGAAGACCUAUGUAGGGUUAAGCAGGAGUUCUUUAAGGAAAUCUAUGAUAAUGGGUGUCUAGCCAAAGCUAUUAAUAGCUUUUUUAUAACAUUAAUUCCUAAGAAAGAUUGUUCGGAGGGUAUCUUAGACUAUAGGCCAAUGAGCCUUAUUGGUUCAAUUUAUAAGAUGUUAUCUAAGGUCUUAGCAUCAAGAUUCAAAAAGGUGUUACCAAGGAUAGUUGGGGAAUCCCAAACUGCAUUUGUUGGUGGACAGAACAUUUUGGAUGGGGUGUUAAUCUCAAAUGAAAUUGUGGAUUGGUGGAAGAAGAAAAAGCAAAAGGGGUUCAUUUUGAAACUGGAUUUUGAAAAAUCUUACGACUCGGUCAAUUGGGAGUGUCUUAAUAUGUUAUUCCAAAGGGCAAAAGAGGUUGGGCUAAUCAAAGGAGUGGUUAUAGGUACUAGAAGGAUUAGUGUCACCCAUCUACAAUUCGCAGAUAAUACUAUUGUGUUCUGUGAGGCUGGUGAGCAUGAAAUCUUGAAUGUCAAAAGAAUUUUGAGAUGUUUCGAAGUGUUGCCUGGAUUAAGGAUUAACUUCCAUAAGAGUGAGGUUGUGACUAGUAAGUACAACAAUUCUGGUGGGAGAUGGAGACGUUUUUUGGUGGAUGGAAUUCAGUGCUCAAGAAUAUGGGGUGAUAUUCUUAGUCUUGAAUGCAGCAGUCCAAAUUUAUUUAACUUUUUCAUGAAGAAUUAUGUCAUCAAAGUUGAGAAUGGGAGGAGAAUUAGUUUUUGGGAGGAUUAUUGGUCAUCUAAUUGCAGCUUCAGGGAUGAGUUUCCCAGGCUAUUUGAGCUGUCCGAUGACAAAGACGCCAAUCUUAAACAGAUGAUUGAUAGGAGAAACAGUUCAGAUGGGUGGAUUUUUAGGUUUAGAAGAGGUCUAAGGGCUUGGGACUAA